AUGCCAGGUACUCCUAUUGGGUUUGGUAAUAGUAAAUUCCCCACCCGUUCAAAUGAUGGAAAUACACAAUCAUCACAAGAUGACUAUAAUAAUUUCAUAACGUCUCCUAACCAAGAAACUGGAUUUCUUUCUCCCAAAAAUUUUACUAAUGAAUACGAUAAUUCAUUACUUCGUACUCCCAAUACUAAUAAUUUCAUGAGUACUGAUUCUUUAAGACCUACACCUCAAACUCCGGGAUCAAGUUUUAAUGUGAUUCAUAAUCCAAAACCCGAUGAGGAAGAUGUUAAUUUAUUCAUUAAGCCCGAAGAAUUCAAUACCAUUUCAAUUAAAGUUGUUAGUACAAUAAGUAUUCAUCCUAAAAAAUCUGAUGAUCCAAACGUUACCUUUUCGAUUAAUGAUCGUGAAUCUCGGAAAGAAAUGUGGAGAAUUCGUAAGACUUUUUCUCAAUUAUCAGCUUUUGACAAUGAAAUAAGACCAAUCGUUGAUUGUUUUGGUUUACCUCCUUUACCAGAUCGAAGUCUUUUCAAUUCAACUACCCCAAGUAAAAUUGAAAGUCGUAAAGAGUCUUUACAAAAUUACUUUAAUACUAUAUUUACAAUGCCACAUAUUCCUCACAUGGUUCUAUAUCGAAUGUGUCGUUAUCUUUCGCUUGAUUUUGUUAAUCCAUUAGAUGAUUUUAGAAGUGGUGCAAGAAAAGAAGGAUUCUUAAUUCGGAGAUAUAAAGGAUUAGGAACCACUUGGAAGAUCAGGUGGUGUCAAGUUGAUGGACCAACUCUAGAAAUAUAUGAAACACCAGGUGGGGUUUUACAAGAACAAAUUAGAUUGAAAGGUACCCAAAUAGGUAGACAAACUGAUGAUUCUGUUGCCGAAGAAAAAGGUUAUAGGCAUGCAUUUUUAAUCUUGGAAACAACAAGAGCAACCAAAUUAUCAUCAUAUCCGAAACAUUUCUUUUGUACUGAAUCAGAUGCAGAUCGUGAUGACUGGAUCAAUGCACUUAUUGAAUUUAAUGAUAGUGGAGAUACUUCAUUUAGUUCUAACAAUGAAGUAAGCGUGGAUCAAUAUUUGGAAACUCCAUCAUCUAAGUUUGAUUAUCAAGAUGAAUUAGAACAAAAUAGUAAACCAUAUAGCAGUUUCAGCAACAACAGCUCCACUCCAGAUCCUACUGCUACAAUUCAGUCGCAAGAAGAACCAAAGGAUAAAAAAGUCAAGAAGAGAAGUAUCUUCCCGUUCCGAUAUAAGGCCUCUCAUCCAGAAGAGGAUAGCGCAACUCCGCCAGCAACACCAUCACUUGGAGCAAUAUUUGGUGACACCCCUUCAUCCCAACUCCAAAACACUAAUAAUAAUACCCCGAUGGAAGAACCAAGUAUUCAACAGUAUUUGGAUCAAAUGAAUUUGGAUGAAGAUGUAACUAAAUCAAUAUUUGGUAGAGAAAUCAGUGAGGCCUAUAAAUUAUCAAAUCAUGAAAUUUUGGGUAAAUCAAUUCCAAGUAUUGUGUUUAGAUGUCUUGAUUUCUUAAUGAAAACGGGAGGAGUUUAUGAAGAAGGGAUUUUCCGAUUAAGUGGUAGUGCAUCCACUAUAAGACAAUUUAAAGAUUUAUUCAACAAGGAAUUUGAUCUUGAUAUAUUUGAAUCUAAUUUGAAACCAGAUAUGCAUACAAUAGCGGGCCUAUUGAAAACUUAUUUGAGAGAAUUACCGAGUCCAAUAUUAGGAUUGGAAACUUAUAAUCAUUUACAAAAAUUAGUGAUGAAUACUAAAUCCAAAGAAGUGUUGGCCAAACAGUUCUGCGAAUAUAUGAAUAAUUCUUCAAAUAUGGAUUCAGUUCAUUACGAUAUUUGCUAUGUUAUGUUCAAAUUCCUAAGACAGAUUAUCGCCAAUAGCUCAAGUAAUAGAAUGAACUUACGCAACGUUUGCAUUGUUUUCGUUCCAACUUUGAAUAUUUCAUUAGAUAUCUUGGUGACUUUAAUAGUGGAUUUUGACUGUAUCUUCGAAGGAGGCCAACCAGUGUUGGAUGAAAAUAGAGAAGUUGUCGAUUUGCAAAUUCCAAACUUCUAAUUUCCACUUUACAAAGACUCUUUUAUAUAAUUACUUUUUUAAAAGACUCUUUUAUAUAAUUACUUUUUUA